UCCUCUCUGCUGCUGUUCCCCACCUUUUUAUGGAAUGUCCCCCUCCCAUAUGCACUAAGGAGGCCUCAGUUACUUGUGAGCUAUGUGAAGGCCCAGAGGAAAUGACAGAACCACUGAAACAGUGCACAGCCUGGCUUUCGGCCUACUUCUGUGAGCCCCGGAUAACAGAGAAACUUCCUAUACCUUCCUUUCACCAUCCAGUUUUUGAGCAAGCUUCAUUCACCAGGCAAGUGUUGUGGACCCUGUUGAGAGAUGUGAAAUUCGGAGAGACAGUUUCUUACAAGCAAUUAGCAGACCUGGCAGGCAACAGCAAAGCAGCAAGAGCAGUGGGAGGAGCAAUGAGAAGCAAUCCUGAGAAAUUUUGGUCCUUGGGAAAGGGAAGUCUUUUGUCUUCCUCAUAUGUUUCACCCUAAACAAAGGAGGACCAUCUUGAAAGAGAUAGUAGUUCAGUCUCUAUGGCUCAGUCAUUCCUUUUCCUGUCUGCUGACACUGCCAAGAGUGACAUUUGUGACAGCAGCUUUUGUGACCUGCUUCACUGGGAACUGGCCUGAAACCACCAACUCAUUUCAUGUAGACCACCGAACUGCUAUCUGAUCGGAUGGACUUUUGGCCACUAACAAUCUAAGCUUUAUUUUGGCCACUGGUCUGUGAAUGAGACUUCAUAACCCAUUAUCAAUCACCGAGCUGUCCGAUUGUGUGUUCUGAGUCUGUUGUUGAAGUGUGGGGAAGGCAGAGCAAUGGCAUUUUUCUCAGAUAGAAUGUUUAGUAUUUUGUAUGUGGACUUCACUUGCUCCUGGAGAGGAGAGAGACUCCUUUUUAGGAAUGUUGCUGAUCUCUUCUCUUUCCCAAUUUUAAUCCCUUACCUCCUAUGCCCAAAACCUGAUGCUUAUUUCCCCCUGCAGAACUGAAUUUAGGGUUUCUUUCCUACUCCUAUCAGUUGCAGUUCUUAAACAGCCAGAAGUAUCAGUGAGAAAUAUUUCUCCACUCCCCGCAUGGUACAAGUAUACUCUUUUCCAUAGACUUCUCAGGUGCCCCAUAUCAGCCCUUUACAUUGCACCUAACACUCCCGUGCUGUAAAUGACCACUUGAUUAGCCCUUAAGUUAAUACAAUCUCUCAGCAGAGGCAGGGACAUAUCAUUUCUCGCACCCUGCUUCUCCAGCCCCUUUUGUUCCCUGCUGUCCUUGCACACUCUUUAACCACCUUCCCUGGGUUCUCUGUCUGCUCAUAACUGAUUGCUGUUCUUUGGACCUAGGUAUGCACUGCUUCCACAGUUAGUUGCAGUGAGAGCUAGGGGGUAGGGGAGUACAUAGUAUUCACCAUAAACAAAUCAUAGGAAGGAAUAGCCUGUGGAGCCCGUCUGUACUGUAGCAGUUGCUUCUGCAGGGUGCCCUAGCCUUACUGACCCCCAAGCAGGGCCUGCUGGGGGGCGGGAAAUUUAGAUCUAUAAGUAGAUGCAAGAGUUGACCACAAGUAGCACAAUUCAUAAUAAACUCAAGAAAAGGCAGACAAAUAUUUCACAAACCUUAUUUUUAUUUUAUUUU